ACCAGGACUAACACAUCUGAGUCUCCUUGACUAACACAGCUGUAUCUCCUUGACUAACACAGCUGUAUCUCCUUGACUAACACAGCUGUAUCUCCUUGACUAACAGUUGCACCAGCUGCUAGUGGUGACGUUUUCAAACUUUAAAGUGGUUUUAUAUAAAUUAUGUACAACUGACCCUAAUAUAACCCAAUAAUUAAGCCAUGACUUUUUAUAUUUGAUUUAUGCAGGACACUUAACAUAAACAACAGCUUUAAUUACAAAGGUGCAACAGAAGUCAGAUCCAACACAGGAGACUAGAACACAAGAGGGAAGUUAAUACAACACUGCUUGGCGGAUUUCGGCAAAAAGACGUAAGGCAAGAGUGAUGGCACCCAAGAAGAAAGGCAAAGGGAAGGGAGACAAGUUAUCGAGGAUGACAGUAGAACAGCGUCAGCAGUACCUGGACCGUCGAGCAGCACAAGAAGCUGAGACAAACAGACGCAAGGAGGAACUUCUUGCCUGCUUUCUUAAGCUCAAACUGGCGGAUGAAGAACGCAAGGGCAAUGUGAACCAGGCCAAACUUAUGACUAAGUGGAGGGAAGUGUUGAGGCAAAGUAAGACUUCCACCCUCACCACCCAGCUGAAGGAAUUAAAGACACGAGUGGCAGAAACAACUAAGCAGCAGGAGCGUCUGAUCCAUCUUCUGUCCUCCCAAGUGAACCAGGCACAAUAUCAGAGAACUCGGGCUGCUCACAACCAUCUCUCGGCUGUCCACAAGCUCACAGAGUUGCACGAGGAACAUGUGGAAGUGUUAAAUAGACACAUGCGGGCAGACGAGGCACAGGUAGUAGGUAGCCAGGCAGCAGGGACAGAAGACAUGGCUGCUACACACCUUCACAACCUUCGCCGCCUCUCUCUUGUCAGCCAGGCUUCACACAGACAUCACAACUUUACUGAGAGGGAAGAACUGGCAGCCUUCCACACCACCACCACUCACCUCACUACUCAGCUGGAGGAGGAGGUAGCAGCAGCACGAGUGGAGAGGGAAGCUGCUCUGGAGGAAGCAUGGGCAAGGCUGGCACUCUCUCUGAGGGAUCACCAACAGCACACUGCUUCCCUCAGGGACACCUGCAACCACCUACAGCAGCGAGUGUCGAAUAACCACACGAACCUCACCAGCAUCAACAAUGCUAUUAUGGACAUGCAGAGUGAGGUAGAGGAAGUGCGGAAGCAACUACGGCAGGUAGAGAGGCCAUCAGCUGCAGCCCAGGAGCUGCAACAGUUGAAGAAGACAGUGAUGGUAUUGCGGGCAAGCUUGGCUUCACAUUGUAUUGCUCACAGGACGCUCAUCAAAGCCAUCAACAGGAGGGGCUACAAAGCCAAGAUGAUCAGUGGUUCCUGUCCAACACAUCAUUGCUUUUUGCAGCAAUUGGAGGAGACACUGAAGGUGGGGCGAGCAGUGCUGGAGAUGGUUACUGCUUGUGACCGACUUGAGAUGCAUCAAGAUCGCAACAUUCCCUUCUUGCCACCACCACCCCCGCCCAUUCUUGCUGCUGCCACUGCUGCCGUUGGCUGUCUGCGGACCCGCUUGGCAGCUCCUGUACCUCCUCCUUCCCACACCCUCAUCAGUCUCAGUCAACCACAAGAACUAGAAACACAGGUGGGGCUGUCGACAGAAACAGAUGAAGGCUUGGGUGUUUCUCUGCCAUCCUCCCAGGAGCCAGCUGUACCUACAAGAGUAACUCCAAGGGCACCUACUAGUGUGGUGGAAACAGAUGAAGGUGUUGGGUCUAGUAUAGGGCUAUCAGUAGUCCCAGUCUCUACCAUCACCCACGGCAAAGUCACACUUCCUCGUCUUCCCUCUCCACUUACUCCAAAUACCAGAGGAGUGAUAGUUAGGCGAGCAAUGCUGGGACAGGACAAGCUGGCCAGAAUUGGUGAGCUGCUAUACCAUGAAGAGGCUGCCCAUGAGGCAGCUCACACCCUCCAAUCUCAUCCUACCAGUGACCCUCUGCCUGACUUUGUUCUUCAGGAGGCUGACGCUGUGCUUAAAACCCAUGAGGACCUACGUAAUUUUUGGUGCAAAUACCACCACGUUCAACUGGAGCGUAUUGCCCUGUGCAGUGAGGCACAAGCCUUACAGCAAGAAGGUCGACAUCUGCGGGGUCUUUUACGCAAAUACCUUGUGUCUCUGGGAUUGACAGAUGCAGCUCUAGCCCAGUCUGCUGCACCAGUUACUGUGUCACAUCUCAACCUCAAGCACUACCAUCCCCACCCUUCUAGGAGUCAGUCAGUGCCAGUGGGAAGCAUCAACCACAGUCAAGAUGGUGGCAGCUCCCUUUCAGCUCGUGGCUACUUGAGAUGGCCAGGCCAGCUGGGACGAGACAGAGUUCUGCCUGUACAAGAGGCCAGACUGCUGCUACGCUCUGCUGACCUCCAUUCCCUUCCCAAGCACCAUAAUGCCUGACUCCCUUUCCUAGACACCAUGCCCUACUCCACUUCCCUCCCAUUCAUUAUGGAGCCAUUGAGAUAAGUACCCAUUGUCUCCAUUAUCUUGUUUGUUUCCAUGGCUUUUAUGAUACUACUACUGCAGUACAGUAACUGUAGAAUUCUCUCAUGCUAGUACAGCUAAUACCAUGAAUUGUCUCCCAUUUUCAUGUUCCUGUACUAUUACAUUGAUGGGGGAAGUUCUAGACCUAUAGGGAUCAUACAACAUUAGGGAAUGGAAAUUAUUUACUCAAAUCUGCCCAUGGAAGAGAACAGCUCAAAUUCCUUGAAUCAAGCAUUACAUUUCUUCAGUCUACACCUCCAUAGUCCCUUAAUCAAUAGCCCAUUUUACUACUUUCUCUCAUAUACUUUUUCAUCCCUCCAUGUUGGGAGAUUCCUGUGUCAAGUCUGCUGUUCCACAUUUCUGACAUCUUGCAUCUCAGCUCUGAAUUUGGCUUCACACUUCUUAGAGUAUUUCCAAUAACACAACAUUCUACUGCUGAGUAGAAUGAUGGUUCCAUACCAGCUAGAGCUGGCUAUUUUUCACAACAGAGUUAAAAGCAUUCUUUACUGCCAUGAAUCACAUCACUUAUCCUCCUCAUUUGAUGUCAUCUCAGACUUCCAGAAUGAAUUUAAAACAAUUCAAGUCAUCGAUUCUUCGCAUCCCAGUGUUCUGUCGACAUGGAGUCUCUGAAAACUAACCGAUAUAUUUAUUGCCCCUGCACAUUUUGACCUUCACCAACUGAGACA